UACUGCUGGAGGAAGGAGGAGCUGUUAGACCACUGUUCUUGGAGGGUGUGUGUGCCUCUUUGUCUCAGAGACUGCGGCUGGCCAUUGCUGUGGGAACCUCCUUAUAUCCAGAGCCAGGGAAGGGCAAUGCAAACAAGCUGGUGACGGCUUUCCUUCGCUCCACCAUGGUCAACGGCGCCAAGUAUGAAGUGGCUGCUCAGCACGAGGCAGAUGGCUCUGCUCUUGGGGAUGGGGCCAGCCCAGUGGCUGAGCAGGUAAAACUGAAGAAGGAGAUCUCGCUGCUUAAUGGCGUGUGCCUGAUCGUGGGGAACAUGAUCGGCUCCGGCAUCUUCGUCUCCCCCAAGGGUGUGCUCAUGUACAGUGCCUCGUUUGGCCUCUCGCUGGUCAUCUGGGCUGUUGGGGGCAUUUUCUCCGUCUUUGGGGCCCUUUGUUAUGCUGAACUGGGUACCACCAUUAAGAAAUCUGGGGCCAGCUAUGCUUAUAUCCUGGAGGCCUUCGGGGGAUUUCUUGCCUUCAUCCGCCUCUGGACUUCUCUGCUCAUCAUUGAACCCACCAGCCAGGCCGUCAUUGCCAUCACCUUUGCCAACUACAUGGUGCAGCCCCUCUUUCCGAGCUGUGGUGCUCCCUAUGCUGCUGGCCGCCUGCUGGCCGCUGCCUGCAUCUGUCUCUUAACCUUCAUUAACUGUGCCUAUGUCAAGUGGGGAACCCUGGUCCAAGAUAUUUUCACCUACGCUAAAGUGUUGGCGCUGAUUGCAGUCAUCAUUGCAGGCAUUGUUAGACUUGGCCAGGGAGCCACAACUAACUUUGAGAACUCCUUUGAGGGCUCAUCGUUUGCUAUGGGUGACAUUGCUCUGGCACUGUACUCAGCUUUGUUCUCCUACUCGGGCUGGGACACACUUAACUAUGUCACCGAAGAGAUCAGGAAUCCUGAGAGGAACUUGCCCCUCUCCAUCGGCAUUUCCAUGCCCAUUGUCACCAUCAUCUACCUCUUGACCAAUGUGGCCUAUUACAGUGUGCUAGACAUAAAGGACAUCUUGGCCAGUGAUGCUGUUGCCGUGACCUUCGCAGAUCAGAUUUUUGGAAUAUUCAACUGGACAAUUCCAUUAGCAGUUGCAUUAUCUUGCUUUGGUGGCCUCAACGCUUCCAUCGUGGCUGCUUCUAGGCUUUUAUUUGUGGGCUCGAGAGAAGGUCACCUCCCUGAUGCCAUCUGUAUGAUUCAUGUUGAACGGUUCACACCAGUGCCUUCUCUACUCUUCAAUGGUAUCUUGGCACUGUUCUACUUGUGUGUGGAGGACAUCUUCCAGCUCAUUAACUACUAUAGCUUCAGCUACUGGUUCUUUGUGGGCCUUUCUAUUGUGGGUCAGCUUUACCUACGCUGGAAGGAACCGGACCGGCCUCGCCCUCUCAAGCUCAGCCUUUUCUUUCCCAUCAUCUUCUGCCUCUGUACCAUCUUCCUGGUGGCUGUUCCACUUUACAGUGAUACCAUCAACUCCCUCAUCGGCAUUGGCAUCGCACUCUCGGGCUUACCCUUCUACUUCUUCAUCAUCAGAGUGCCGGAGCACAAACGACCUCUGUGCCUUCGCAGGAUUGUAGCCUCUACCACACGGUACCUCCAGAUCCUCUGUAUGUCAGUUGCUGCGGAAAUGGACUUGGAAGAUGGAGAGUUGCCCAAACAAGAUACCAAGUCUAAAUAGAGCAGGGGAUUCUGAGCUGUGGACAGGUGUUUCUUACCUCCCAUUGGCCAGAACGUCUGGAGGCCCCACCCAGGAGCCCAGGCUUGGCAGCUUCAACUCUGAACUUGCUUUUGAGGGAUGAAGAGUAAUUUAUUUGUUUUGCUACGUGUUGUCUCAGACUUCAUAAAUGGACAAUGCAGACUGUGGCAGGAAGCAGGCCAUUUCUGGGGCUUGGUUCUGGCAGCACCUGGGUGUGCCUACCCACUCCUCUUUUCUUUUACAAGGGCCAACAAUGCUCCAAACUUGUCUCCUUUAGAGGGACACAAAACUGUCACAGAUGCAAAACAAUAAAAAGGUUAUAUUCCUAA